CCCGACGCCCACAGCCAUUUCGACUAUGACCCGCGUGCCGACGAGUUCUUUUUCGACCGCCACCCAGGCGUCUUCGCGCACAUUCUGAACUACUACCGCACGGGCAAGCUGCACUGCCCGGCCGACGUGUGCGGGCCGCUCUACGAAGAGGAGCUGGCCUUUUGGGGCAUCGACGAGACCGACGUGGAGCCCUGCUGCUGGAUGACCUACCGCCAGCACCGGGACGCGGAGGAGGCGCUGGACAGCUUUGGCGGUGCGCCCCUGGACAAAGACGGCCCUGGAGAUUCGGGCGACGGAGAGGACGAGCUGGAGAUGACCAAGCGCCUGGCGCUCAGCGACUCCCCGGACGGACGGCCCGGCGGCUUCUGGCGCCGCUGGCAGCCACGCAUCUGGGCGCUGUUUGAGGACCCCUACUCAUCUCGCUACGCCAGGUAUGUGGCCUUGGCCUCCCUCUUCUUCAUCCUGGUCUCCAUCACCACCUUCUGCCUGGAGACCCACGAGCGCUUCAACCCCAUUGUGAACAAGACGGAGAUCGAGAACGUUCGGAAUGGCACGCAAGUGCGCUACUACCGGGAAGCGGAGACGGAGGCCUUCCUCACCUACAUCGAGGGCGUCUGUGUGGUCUGGUUCACCUUCGAGUUCCUCAUGCGUGUCGUCUUCUGCCCCAACAAGGUAGAGUUCAUCAAGAACUCGCUCAACAUCAUUGACUUUGUGGCCAUCCUCCCUUUCUACCUGGAGGUGGGCCUCAGCGGCCUGUCCUCUAAGGCCGCCAAGGACGUCCUGGGCUUCCUGCGCGUCGUCCGCUUUGUGCGGAUCCUGCGCAUCUUCAAGCUGACCCGGCAUUUUGUGGGCCUGCGGGUCCUGGGCCACACGCUCCGCGCCAGCACCAACGAGUUCUUACUGCUGAUCAUCUUCCUGGCCCUGGGUGUCCUGAUCUUCGCCACCAUGAUCUACUACGCUGAGAGGAUAGGGGCCCAGCCCAAUGACCCCAGUGCCAGUGAGCACACCCACUUUAAGAACAUCCCCAUUGGCUUCUGGUGGGCCGUGGUCACCAUGACAACACUGGGCUACGGAGACAUGUACCCGCAGACAUGGUCCGGGAUGUUGGUGGGAGCACUGUGUGCACUGGCGGGCGUGCUGACCAUCGCCAUGCCCGUGCCCGUCAUCGUGAACAAUUUCGGGAUGUACUACUCCUUAGCCAUGGCUAAGCAGAAACUACCAAAGAAAAAAAAGAAGCAUAUUCCACGGCCGCCGCAGCUGGGAUCUCCCAAUUAUUGUAAAUCUGUCGUAAACUCUCCACACCACAGUACUCAGAGUGACACAUGCCCGCUGGCCCAGGAAGAAAUUUUAGAAAUUAACAGAGCAGACUGUCCCCCGAUAGCCUGGGACUUUUUCCCUGAUCCCCCUCCUGGGCAGACCCCUUGGAGCUAAACCCAAGGAAAUGCCCAGCAACCCCCCACCCCGCCCCAGCCCUGUGUGCGCCCCCCGGCGCCCGCUGCUGGUCUGAACAGUAAGUACGUCGGUGGUGCCUGGAGACGAGGGCGAAAAAGCCAGCCCUGCUGGUUGAGGGCCCUGACAUCGGGUUCUCCUUGCUCCAAAGUUUAAAAAAAAAUGACCCUCUCGCGGACGCUCAUCUAUCUCAGCCCAUUUCAAAGCCUGGAAACCAUCUCUGCGAGCCGCUGCCCAUGCUGCCAUUUCAUCAUCGCAAGCCGCGGGGCUAGUGGGGCUGAGAGGUCCUGGGCCAGGGAGGCAGGUCUCCCCACCUUCUGGGGAACAGGUGGGAACCGAGGCUCCUGGUGGCCAUCUCAUGCAAGGGGGCGGGGGGGGGGGCGGUGAGGGCAUGGCGGGGAUCUUGGAAGAGCUGGCCUUUUGCGUGGGUUCCCCAGGUUUGGAGAGUUGGCCACUCCUUUGUUUCUCUUCUAGCCACCCCUCUGGAGCUGGGGAGGGAGAAUGCUCCCCGUUUCUGACAGCACCCCAAACUGCAGAUAAACCAACAGCCCAGGGAGGCUGGCUCCCUCACAGAACAAGACCUAAACACUCUCACCCAAUUAUAGCCCCUCCUCAAAUUCAUGGUUGAGAGAAGCAGACCCAGGUGUGUCCUGGGGUCCCUUCAGGGAAGGAAGGGUGCGCAGCUCACCCACACAGGGACCCCUGCCAGUUGUCCCCGCUCCCUUCCCUGCAGGGAAAACCAGCCUGUGGGAGCUGGAUGCUCCAGGGGCCUGGUGCUGGGGGGCAGAGCCGUUGGCACUCAGAGCCAGAGGAGUCUCAGGCUCCACCCUCCACCUUUGACCCGCCUCUGGGCAAGAACGGUAGGCUGUGGGCACCUUCACCAACAGACGAUGGCCCAGAUGGAGAUGCUGCUGGGAGGACUUGCUGUUUCCUCUGGAGGAAAAUGUGUGCAGGGUGCUAUGGGCCCCGACUUUCACACCCUCCUCCACAUCCUCCUCCCUUAUGUCCCCCCCUCCCCAUCACCCUCCUCCCUCAGCCCAGAGAUCCUUGGGAGGGAAGCCAGGGGCCAGCCAGAGUGGGAGGCAGGACCGGGCUUGUCUGUAUGCACAGGUGUGUGCCCGCAGACACGCCCCAAGUGCUAGGCAACCCCCCAACCCCAGAGAGGCCCAGCCCCAGUCACGUGGUGUCAGAGUUACCUUGGUAACUGGCCCUUCUGGCUCAGCGUAAAGCGGGGAGUGAAGCCCCUGGGAUCUGUGGAGAAACGCACUGUACGUGAACUGCUUUCCAUCUUGUAUGCAAACUUUUUAAGUUCCAAAAUUAUGAUGGGAUUUUUUUUUUUUUGGAUUUGCUUUACGAAUAAACCUGAUUGGUCCAUUUCA